AUGAAGGUGAAACUUGCUGUUCAAGUGCUGAGUAGAACCGUUUCAACCUGCCUGCUUGAGAGUGAUGAUCCAAGUGUUGCUGGCACAGCAAUGUUCUGCCAGAUGGUAAAUGACUUAUUCGAUUGUUUGAAUGACAGGUUAUUGAAAGAGCAUCAACUGAAACGAAAUGAUUGCAUCAAGCCUUAUGACAGCCCCGAUGAUGAGUGUCUGGUGUGGAUGAAGAAUACAUUUCUGCAGUAUCUGGAAGAUUGGAAAGAAAGUGUGGCCAAGAGAAAAGGAUCCUAUACUACAGGUGAAAGAGAAAAGAUAUGUUUUUGUCCCGCCAGACCUAUGAAGGCUUCAAAAUUACUGUCAACUCCCACAUUGAAGCCAUAAAGUUUUUGCUUUCCAUAGGAUUUUCCUAUGUAUUUUCAGAACGCUUUAUGGAAGACGUGCUUGAAGACUACUUUGGUCACCAUAGGACUCUAGGAGUAAGAUCAGAUAAUUCUUCAGCAGAACAAUUUAGAUGCAAUGACCGAACCCUUGCUGCUCAAAGAGACAUUGACCCAUCAGUAAGUGGCAACACAGGAGGACGGUAUGGCAAGGAUAAAUGGUACACUGUAAGUGAUGAGCCUUUAAAGGGGUUGGACCAUGGUCAGUUUCAACCAAAGUUCUAUAUGUGGCAUGAUACUCUUAGGGUUAGGGUAUUAGCAGACUACCUCAGCUUCAACAGCCAUGCUCUUUAG